AUGUUGUCCCAUCUUCGCUUCCACCGACGCGGCCCCUCGAACCCCUCGUCUCCCAACCCUGACCAGGCGGCGGCCCCUUCUCCCUGGGAGCACUCCCCCUCCAACACGCAACCUCCCUUCCUCCAGCAAGAUGUGCCCUCAAAUGACGCCCGCUCCCCGUCUGUCGCCGUCUCGUCGCCCGCUCUGCCCCCCACAUUGCCCCCCAUCACCCGCGUCACCUCGUCCGAAGCCGAAUCCCAGCUCGACUACAUUCCAGCCCCAGAUCCAAAGGCGUCCCUGUCCCGCCAAUCGCAGCUGCUGCUCUUACAGCAACACCACCAGCAACACCAACAGCAGCAACAGCAGCAACAAUCACCCCAACCGCAGACCACGAAAAAGCCAGACACCCUCAACGUGUACACGCACACGCUUGCGCCGACAUCACCAAGUGCUGGACCUGCCCCCCGCACAACCGCACAAGAGUCUCGCCCAGCACUUCCAACGUCACAGACACAACCCCAGCAUCAAGCCAUCUCCGGUCGACGCCCGCCCGCCGCAAGGCUCGCCACCGAGCCGAGCCCCGUGCUUGCUGCUCCCAACAACGAUAUCGAGGUAUCCAAGGGCAGGAGAGCCUUGCCGUUCCUCAAAAACCCCAUGUCGACCCUAUUGAUGCGUCGGAGCAAGACGAAUCACAACGCGCCUGAAGUCACGCCUCUUCCUCUGAACGAGAGCUUCCGUCAGCCUUCCUAUGACCCCCGCAUCAGAGGUACGCGUGUUCACGACUUCAGCGCACCCCGCUCGACGCGCAGACCCGUGCCAUCGCCCUUGCCCGACCAGAUCGAUGGAGAUGACCAGGCAGGUCUUUUCAAAACGUCUUCCAGAGAUGGCUCGCGUGACCUCUCGACCCAGGGCAGGCAUAAAAGCAAUGCUUCCGACUCUGGUCAGUCCGGGUCGUUCGGAACCGCUUCUCAACUGCUUCCCGACGCCGGCAGCAUCGCCUCGAAUAAGACGAGGAGCAGCUCAAACCUGGACAAGAAGCCCCUGCCUGAGCCACCAAGCGUGCCAGAGGAGAACAUUCCUCCCUCUGUUCGCUCCACCUCAUCAGCUUCCAGGGUAGCGCCGAACGAGGCUGUGACCGCACUGAGAGCUUCGGCUCCGUCCACGAGAACCAAUCGAUCCCGAAAUGCAUCCAUUGGCACCCUUUCCGGCAAAGAUGUUCUAUCUUCUGUGCCUCGCCAUAUGAAGAGCACAUCCUCUAGGUUCAGCUUUGAUAUGGUUGGUGCAGCCAAGCAGGAAAAGCUGCUGGAGGAGAGGCAUCGACAGCGCGAAUUGGAAAAGAAGACGAACGAGCCCGAGUCUGAUACGAUCCGCGACUCGAGGUUUGAUGACUUCGACGAGGAUGGCUUCGACUAUGAUGCCAUGAUGGAAGACGAUGGUCUUGAGGAGCCAAUCCCAAUGGCUGACGAUGACUAUGGCUAUGAUGACGGGUUCGAAGAGCCUAUCCCCAUGUCUCACGACGAUUACGAUGAUGGCUUGGAAGAGCGUAUUCCCAUCAAGUCGGACGAAUACGACGUGGAUGAGGAGCCCGUUCCCAUGACCGACGAUGACUACGAUGAGGAUGAAGAGCCCUUUCCCUACGAGAACCUCCUAAGUAGCAAACUCCCAGCAGAGACCCUGCCUGCCGCCGAGGCCGAGGCCGAGGCCGAGGCCACGAAGGACCCUGACGACGACCAAGAGAACUUCGCCGGCUUUGUCUUCCAACGCUCAAAUCCGACUUCCGAGCUUGCCACCCCUCGAAGCGCGGGGUUACUCAUCACCCCACGGGAUGCAGAUGGCAAGGUCAUUGGUUUCGCCAUGUCAAGCACGCCCGGGCUGCCAGCCACCGUAUCCCCAGGACUUCCCGCCGAAUCGCCUCUGCCAUCGGAUUGCGACCACGAUGUGGCCGGCCUGGGAAUCCGAGGUCUGAAUCUGGCCGACCACACCGACUCCUUGGCAGUGGAGCAGACCAGCGUUUCGGAGCACACUACGACAGCCGAUGAUCCCACACCGGUAGGCCCGCCAGCAAGAAAGGAUGAUCUCUACUUCGAUGGUGGGCUGCUGGAUGAGAUGGAGUUUGCGGGCGAAGGCGAUGGCUCGACGUUUGAUGAAUCCAUCUUUGAUAUGAUCGACACGGAUAAGUACGGACGUCCGAUCCCAGGCGCGUUUGCCGCCGCUCAGGCAUCCCGGCAAGCCUCACAAGCGGCGGUCGAAGCAGCGGCGGCGGAGGAGCAGAGCAAACGCGUCUCGGACAGCACUUCCCGACUCUCGGCACUUUCCGAAGCGGACCCGUCCACUGCGCAUACAUCUCUGAGCGUCGGCGUCCGGCACUUGUCUGGUGCCAGCCACGAGGGCGAGGGGCUCUCGUCCGAGGGGCUCUCGUCCGACGGAGCCUCGGCACUGACGAUCCCUUGCCCCGAGCAAGACAAGAUGGCCGUCUACCAAGCAGCUCUGGCCGCUGCGGCAAACGAAGCGGCGGCGAACGGCAAGUUUCGGAGGGACUCAUCUCCUCCGCCAAGCGAGAUCAUGUCGGCCGGUCCAGAGCUCUCCCAAGAUUUCACGGACGACUCUCACCUGGACACUGUUUCGUUUGACGAUUAUGAAGACGAUUAUACGCAGGACAUGGACGGGUAUGAUUUUGACGACGACGCUAUCAUUGCCGAGGCCAACGCAGAUGCACUCGCCAAUGACGGGGACGGCUGGUACGGAUCCGAGUUCGGCUUUUACUCUACUCCAGGCCCCCAACGUCACAGCAGGGAUAACUCUAACGAAAAGACGUUUGAAUACUCCAACGGGGGCUUCUUUGGACCCUCGGGCGUCAACAGGUCCAAGUCGGGACGUGUUGUGUCCCGCGAGCCCAAUCUGACACCGAUUACGGAACGUUCAGAGUACUCUAACCGCAAUUCGAUCAUGAGCCUUGCCGUGCCGCCCCUGGGCUCCGGCCCAUCCAGUCUUGCGAGCCCUGGGCUGGCUCAACUGGCCAUGAUGGCCGAUGGCGACGACAACAUGAACCUGUCGGCGCUGUUGCGACUGCGAUCCAGGGCGUGGGCGCGCAGACGGUGCGAGCUCGCCGUGGGGAUCGAUGCCGCCAAACAGUUUUCUCAGCACUACGGACACGGGCGCAAGAACUCAUCCUUCUCCAUGCGCAGUCGCGACGUGGACUCGUCCGAAGCCGGCAGUGCGUGUGGCUCGCCCACGCUGACCAUGUCGAUCCCCAUGAUGAGCUCGCCGCUCCCGCCGCUUCCGUCCAUGAUCCCAACGAGCCCGCUCAGCUUCUCGGCGUCAAACAAUAAUGCGCCAUCGUACCUGUCGUUCCACGAGCCGGUGUUACCGUCCAUCGAACAGGAUGGCGAGUCCUCUACGUUCAGCAACACGGCGAGUCCUGAGUUCCAGAGCCCCGACUUGUCGCACCCGAAUCUCUCUUCGCCGCCGUCGAAUGCGUCGUCAUCGCGCAGACCAGGACUGGGCCACAAGCACAAGGGCUCGGCCGACAGCAUCUCCUACAUCAAGGAGGAGGAUCGAGGCGAGUCGCGGUGGAUCUUGGAGAGGCGUUACACGGCGGAAACGGGGCAGGUCGAGGUGGAACGCGAAGUCCUCGAGAAGGGGCGCAUCUGA